GUGCAAACAUCUACCAUCCUAUGGGAUGCAUACUCAGGCCUGUUAAGUCAUCAGGCCAUGAUCCUGGCCCUGAACUCCAGCUUUGUGGAUCCCUUACUGCAAUUUGAAUCUCAACUGAAGAUAAUAGAGUCAUCCUUUAAUGUGGUAGUUUCCAUACCAAGUCUUGAUAAAGUGAAAAAACUGGGGAAAAACAGUGAGGAUGUUGCAGAUCUGGAGAAUUUAUACCAAAGUAUUUUAAACAUAUAUGAGGAUACCCUUCUGAUCUUAGUGUCUAAAGAUCUCUACAAACUACAGAUCUUAAAGGAAAUGACCAUGUGGAUGAGUGAAGAUGAAUCAUACGUACAAGAGAGAAUAAUGGUGAUCAUCAGCAGAGUGUUAAGCUUUGCAUCCAGGAGAGUGAGGGGAUAUACAAGUGUCGAUGUUCCCUGUUUGGGUGGUCUGGCAGCAGAAAUGUCUCUUUUGUGUUCCCAUGCUGAUUCCUCAAUCACACAACAAGCAUCCUUGGGAAUGUAUCACCUCCUUUGCAUUGCAAAAACUCAGAAUGAUGUAAAGAUGGGAACAAAUAAGUGUACUAAGCAUGAGAGUCACUACCUCCUGACUUCUUCCUCUGAUAGAGAAUGCCUACACAAGGUCUUGCAAAGAAACAAAACUAAAAUUGCUCAGAAUGUAGGACAAACUCUACUGCCCUGCUUGCUGACUGACUUUGUGUGGAAUCUCCUGAUGAAACUUUCUGCACCUGAUCAUAAAAUUUCAUCUGAGGCAGCAUCCAUCCUGGAAUUGACUCUGGAAUAUCAUGCCCAGAAGAUCACUAUGGUGUCUAAGAUUGUGGAUGCUAUUCAUAAGCAACUAAGUGAAAAUUCUUCUCACAUUAGGAAGGAUGCUAUGUUGCAGGUCAUCACCUUAUUGACACGUGCUUCACCCAAGAAGGUCAUCUUUCAACUUAUGGACUACCCAGUCCCAGCAGACAACACUCUGAUUCUGAUGUGGCAGGCGGCAGGAUCUGAGUCAAGCGUGGCCCCUCACGUGCUGAGGACAAUCCUGUUGAUACUGAAAGCGAAGCCUGGAGAAAUGCAGGAGACCCUAGAACAAAAAAAGCGUUUCUCUCUGGAUACUACCAACAUGAUGCCUGUGGCGGCAUCUCAGGCCCUGUGCACGUUGCUGCCAGUUGGUUCUUACAAGAAAGCUGUGGCCCAGUUAUUCCCCCAGCUCUUGAUGGCCCUCAUGCUCCAAAUCUUCUACAGCGGUGAACUGAGACUGACAGCACAGGACAAGCACUUCUAUGCACGAGAUGCACUAAGACAUCUGCUGAAUUGCUCUGGACUACAACAGGUGGAUAUUGCUCUAGAGAGAAAGAAUUGCUGGAACCAGUUUUCCCAAACGCUGCAUCACCAUCAUGGGGUCUACCUCGUUGCCAAAGCUCUCAGUGACUAUAACUUUCCACAGUUUCCAGAGACUUUGCAUUAUCUCUACAAGCUCUCGGUGGAAGGUCCUAGAAUGUCAGAAGACAGUGUCAUCACAGUUGUAUUCCUCACUGAACUUCUGAAUAACUUCUUCAAGGACCCAUUCCCAGAAGAGUUUUUGAUCCUCUUCAGAAACUGGGUCAAUGAUUCCAAUCCUACAGUUAGCAAACUGAGCCUUCAGAAAAUUGCCAGCAUGGCCCCAGUUGUCAAUGAGAUAAAAAAUGUCUGCAGCUUAUUAAGAUCCAUCCUGGAUGCUUUCCUUUCCAAAGACAACACUGUUGUAAUUCGGGCCUUGAUCACCCUCCGAAAGCUGUUAGUCAAACUGGGCAAGGUGACCUACUCCUCUUUGUGUGCCAGAAUUGCUGCCGGCUACUAUCUUCUGAUGGAUCACAGAUAUGGAGGCAUUCGGAGUAUGGCCAUUCGACAUUUUGGUGAAUUACUUAGGGACAUGAGUCAGUACACAUGGAUGCUGAACAGUGUGGUCCUAGGAGGCUUGGUGCCCCUGAUCCUGUUCUUGGAGGAUAAAGAGAUAAGAGUAGUUAAAGCAUGUAAAUAUACAUUAGAAAUCUGUGCUUCACAAUUAAAGUGGUCAAUAUCAUCUUUACUCAAAGAUGAAAAUUACAACUUUGAGCUGGUAGUGCUCAACAUCUGUAGAAAUCUUAAACCAGAGAAAGUAGCCAGAUAUCAGAAAAUGUAUACUCAUAAUGUAUCUUGGGUAACUUUAAUUUUGCUUUGUUGCAUAGGGUACCUGGCAAAAUCAGGUUGCCAUUUACUACUCAGAGAUGAAAUUGAAGUCAUGCUUGAGGCUAUUCAACGAGUGCUCCAGGAUGAGGACCCUGUGAUCAAGGAGUUGGCAGAAAUAACCCGCAAUGUCUUUAUGGAUAUAGUCAUUACAAUGACCUCCUCAGCUGUUAAACAAACCUUCCGAAGAUGGUUUAAGCUCAUCUACAUCAAAAAACUGAAGCCUCUUUAUCACUAUAACUGGCUCAGUGACGAGACAGGCAGUCCUAUGGACAUUACAAAUAUCAAUGGUGAUAAGGAAGGCCUUAUAAAAAAGAAUGAUGAAGACCUUUUGUUCAUGUACAUUUUCAUUUUUCUGCUGGAUCACCUCUCUGGUGUGGGACUGGAUCCUCCUCCAGCUUCUCUGACUUCUGGGCCAGACGUGUUUAGUUCGAUUAGCAAAGAACACCAGCUUCUCCUGCAGAACACUCACAUCAUCAAUGUCAGUGCUGGAGGCUCUAUUCAACGAGUGCUCCAGGAUGAGGACCCUGUGAUCAAGGAGUUGGCAGAAAUAACCCGCAAUGUCUUUAUGGAUAUAGUCAUUACAAUGACCUCCUCAGCUGUUAAACAAACCUUCCGAAGAUGGUUUAAGCUCAUCUACAUCAAAAAACUGAAGCCUCUUUAUCACUAUAACUGGCUCAGUGACGAGACAGGCAGUCCUAUGGACAUUACAAAUAUCAAUGGUGAUAAGGAAGGCCUUAUAAAAAAGAAUGAUGAAGACCUUUUGGUAAAGAAUAAGAGGCUGAAUGAUACCUUGGAGCAGACCUUGGAAAAGGAAUGA